UCGGGAGCCGACGUGUGGUUGUUGUGCACAAUCCCGUGCCCCCGGUGUCACCCUGGGGUUUAUUAACAUCGCACAACUAACGAGCGCACUUCAUUAGCAGCGGUUGCGUUGGUCACGGCGAUGUGGGAGGAAGGAGACUCUCGGUGGGACACGGAGAUAGUGGGGAACGGGGUUUUCCUCCCCAAAACGAGUUGCUCUUCACCAGCUCACACCGUGCACCGAAAGCGUCGGGGCUCAGGGUGGGGUGGGAGCAUCUUUGCUGCGAUACGAGCAGAAAUCAGAUGGAUCAGCGGAGUGGAGCCGGAGCAUCAUGAAACACCCUGAGACCCCCCAGCCCUGAAACACCCGUCGCUGCAGGGAGGAUCCCUCUGGAAAAAAAAAGAAUUUAAAAAAAAAAUAUUAAAUAAAUAAGAAAAAAAAAUGAGGUUUUUCCGGAGACGUUACAGCCCCUUGAAGGUGGCUUUGGCGGGCGCCGUCUUCGUCAUCUUCCUCUUCAUCCUGCAGAAGGACGUGGGGAGCAAGGACCCGGGCGAGGAGCCCUGGUUGAAGAACAUCGUCCAAGGGAAGGACCAAGUCCUGGACCUGAUGCUGGGGGCGGUCAACAACAUCCGUGACUCCAUGCCAAAGCUGCAGAUCGGGGCUCCCGUCCAGCAGGAGGAACCCCCCCCCAGCGCCCGUUCCUGCCCCCCCGGUGUCUACACGGCGGCGGAGCUUCGACCUUUGAUGGAGAGACCCCCCCAGGACCCCGCCAGCCCCGGAGCCGACGGCAAAGCCUUCAAAAAAGAUCGUUGGACGCCGGAGGAGAUGAAGGAGAAGGAGAGGGGUUACGAGAAGCAUUGCUUCAACGCCUUCGCCAGCGACCGCAUCUCCCUCCAGAGAGCCCUGGGGCCCGACAGCCGCCCCCCCGAGUGCAUCGACCAGAAAUUCAAGCGGUGCCCCCCCCUGCCCACCACCAGCGUCGUCAUCGUCUUCCAUAACGAAGCCUGGUCGACGCUGCUGCGGACGGUGUACAGCGUCCUGCACGCCUCCCCCGCGCUCCUGCUCAAGGAGAUCAUCCUGGUGGACGACGCCAGCACCGAUGAGUACCUGAAGGACGAGCUGGAUCGUUACGUGGAGCAGCUCCAGAUCGUGCGCGUGGUGCGGCAGAAGGAACGGAAAGGGCUGAUCACGGCACGGCUGCUGGGGGCCAGCGUGGCCAGUGGGGAGGUCCUCACUUUCCUGGAUGCCCAUUGCGAGUGUUUCCACGGCUGGUUGGAGCCCCUCUUGUCCCGCAUCGCCGAAGAGCCCACGGCCGUGGUGAGCCCCGACAUCGCCACCAUCGAUCUCAACACCUUCGAGUUCUCCAAGCCCAUCCAGAACGGGAAGCAGCACAGCCGGGGCAACUUCGACUGGAGCCUGACUUUUGGCUGGGAGAUUGUCCCCCCCCGGGAGAGGCAGCGGAGGAAGGAUGAGACCUUCCCCAUCAAGUCCCCCACCUUCGCCGGUGGCCUCUUUGCCAUCUCCAGGUCCUACUUCAAGCACAUCGGCUCCUACGAUGACCAGAUGGAGAUCUGGGGGGGUGAGAACGUGGAGAUGUCCUUCAGGGUCUGGCAGUGCGGGGGCCAAGUGGAGAUCAUCCCUUGCUCGGUGGUAGGUCACGUCUUCCGUUCCAAGAGCCCCCACACCUUCCCCAAGGGCACCCAGGUCAUCUCCAGGAACCAGGUCCGCCUGGCCGAGGUCUGGAUGGAUGAGUACAAGGAGAUCUUCUACCGGAGGAACCAGCAAGCCGCCCAGAUGGCCAGAGAGAAGACGUAUGGUGACAUUACAGACCGGCGCAAGCUGAGGGAGCAGCUCCACUGCAAGAACUUCACCUGGUACCUCCAGACCAUCUACCCGGAGAUGUUCGUCCCUGACCUGACCCCCACUUUUUACGGAGCCAUAAAAAACGAGGGCACCAAGAGCUGCCUGGAUGUGGGGGAGAACAACCAUGGUGGGAAACCUCUCAUCAUGUACCCCUGCCACGGCAUGGGGGGCAACCAGUAUUUUGAGUACACGAGCCAACGGGAGCUGCGGCACAACAUCGGGAAGGAGCUCUGCCUGCGGGUGGGAUCGGGAUCGGUUGAACUGGGAAUCUGCCAGUACCGGGGGAAACCCGGGCGGGUACCGGCCAGUGAGGAGUGGGACCUGGCACAGGACCAGCUGAUUAAAAACCCGACCUCUGGGAUGUGCUUGACGGCGCGAGGGAAGCACCCGGCGAUGGUUCCCUGUGACCCAAUGGAUUCCCACCAGCUCUGGUCCUUCACCUAGACCGGGGAGCAGCGCCCGAGCCACCCCCAGGCCCCGACCGCGCUCAGGAAACCAGAAUCCAAAAAGGAAAAAAAAAAACACUUCACUUUUUUGUUGUGUUUUUUUUUUUCUUUUUUAAUUUAAGAAGCGGAAGCCUUAAAUAUGCUGCAUUUUCACGGUUGCCUUGAACUCAAUCCCGUGCCUUUGGAGCGAGGAAGCCCGGGCUGUACCCCAAGGAGCCCAGAACGUGGUGGUGGUGGCAGCGGAGAUGCCCGGGGAUGCUCCGUGGUACCCAGUGGAGAUGCCCAGGGAUGCUCCGUGGUACCCAGUCAAGAUACCCAGGGAUGCUCCAUGGUACCCAGUGGAGAUGCUCGGGGAUGCUCCGUGGUACCCAUUGGAGAUGCCCAGGGAUGCUGGGUGGUACCCAUCUGCCUCUCCUCCUUCUCCCUCCCCGGCUCCAACCACAGACUUGGAAAUCCACACCAGGCAUUGAAAACCACGACUGUGCCACCCCCCACCCCACCCCUGACAUGAAAACCGGGUGGCAAUCUCCAGCCAGCGAGGAGGAGGAUGGUGACUGGCCAUAUGGCGUGAUCAUUGCCGUGUGAUGGUGGCCCCAUGCGGGUCAGGGAACCCCCCCUCUGCCCCCCCAGUGCUGCCAGGAUCUGUCCCUCACCCCCCCAACAAGCACCGGGCAUCGCCGAUAUCUCUGCCUUUGGUGUCAGGUUUGACUUUGGUGGGCGGGGGGGAUUUGGAUGAUUAUUUUUUAUGAUGAUGAUGAUGGUGACAAUUCCUUGGGGCGAUUCUACUUGUGCUCACCCCGAGGAAGGUUUUUCCCGGACGGAAAAGGGCUUGGAUGUGCCGCGGUGUCCUCCCGGAGAGGGUCUCACCACCCCCCCUGGGGUGAGAUCUCCCCCCUCCCCUGAUUUUCUUCAAGCCCGACUACUGUAGCUGCUACUUGGGUUGCCAUUUCAUUUAUAGAGGGGGGGAAAACCCCUCCUGGAAGUGGGGUGGGAGUGGAAGAACCUGUCCUUGGAUACACAACCUCAAAUAAAGA